CCCGGAGUGCAUCCAUCAAGGUUAUGUCGUUGACGUAUGCGAAAAGUAUUAGUUAGUUGAUAAACGGUGAGUAACACAUCCAGGUCUGUAAAGUUGAAAUCGAAUCGGUCCUUGUUUCUCUCCUUAAAAAUAAUCAACGCGCUAGUUUCGUCUCUACGUUGCGCUUAUGCGCGUGGAGAAUAGUUCACGUCUUUUUUGUGCCGCGUAUAAACUAAGGUAUAAACGACGCAGUUUAUUUUGAUUAUAGUGCAAUCGGCGCCGCGUUCGCGUAGCAAUUACGAUUAACCAAAAAGAAAAACAGUACCAAAUAAACAUGCCUCAAGUUUACGAAAACUUGGACGUCUUCCAGAACUAUAAUCAACAGGAGGAUCAGAUUUAUCCGUUUCCUGAUGUUAUGAUGAAUAAUCUCAGCCUGUUGAGUCCGAGCAACAGCUCACUGGAUUCACAAAUGACCAGCAGCACUCCGUCACCGAUGUCGAUAUCACAAUCGCCAAACCACACAAUGUCAUACUAUACACUGAGUAAUGUAACUGGCACGAUGUGGGAAGACCGGUAUAUAAAAAUUAUUGAACAACCAGUAGACAAGUUUCGGUUCCGAUACAAAUCAGAGAUGAUGGGAACCCACGGGAGUCUUGCUGGCGCCAACAGCUCAAACAGCCGCAAGAAGCAAGCACCUACUGUUGAGCUGAAAAAUUAUCCAGGCAGCGCCGUCAUUCGCUGUACGCUUGUAACAGCAGAUCCAGAUCGUAGGGGACCACAUGCUCAUCGUCUGGUACGCCGUGUUGGAAAUUCAGACGAAGAUGAUCCGCACGAGCAAAAGGUUUCACCCGAACAAGGUUUUACAGUCUCGUUCCACGGAAUGGGGAUCAUCCACACUGCUAAAAAGCACAUAAAAGAUGAGCUUGUUAAAAAGAAAAGAAUUACGGCUUUAGAAGAAGCAAAACGCAAAAAUGUUAAUGUCACAUCGUUGACCAUCCGCGAUGAAGCAACGAUUAAAAUGGAAGCAGAAGCUGCUCAAAAAUGGAUGAGUCUGAACAGUGUCGCAUUAUGCUUUCAAGCAUUUGCCCCAAAUGCCAAUGGCGUACUUUGUCCCAUCACAGAACCAGUGUAUUCGAACCCGAUUAAUAAUCUCAAAAGUGCCCUUACGGGAGAGCUCAAGAUAUGUAGAAUCGACAAAACUGCAGGAUCUUGUGAUGGUAACGAGGAAGUUUUCAUGCUGGUAGAAAAAGUGGGAAAAAAAAACAUCGUAAUCAAAUUCUUUGAAAUGGAUGAAAACAAUGUAGAAAUUUGGAGCGCUUUAGGCCACUUCACAGAGUUAGAUGUUCAUCAUCAAUACGCGAUAGUGUUUCGAACGCCACCGUAUAAAGACAAAGAUAUAACUGAACCAAAAGAGGUUUUUAUAAAGUUAUGCAGACCGACUGACGGAGAGUCUAGCGAUCCAUUACAGUUCACUUAUAAACCCAAUAACCGCAUUGGUAGAAAGAGACCGCGCAUGUCUUGCGAAAGUACUGAAUUACAAACUCCUAUCGCAAUCAAUCUCGUGCAAUCGGAUGAAGGCACAUCCGUUUUCAACGUAAAUAAUUCAAGUGAAAUCAACAAAUUGUUGAGUGAGCAUUGUACAUCAAACGAGUUUCGGGAAUACUCUGAAAAUCUUACCUAUGACUUAGAAGAGUACAUCAAUUUACUGCCAAGGGAAGCAAAUGAUAAUGAAGAACUGAGAUUGGAUGGGCCUUUGAAAAAAAAAGAAACGGCUUCGUUUGCGGAGAAUAUUGUAAAACAAAUUCGAAUUAUACUUCAGAAAAAUGAUCCAAAUGGAAAGGAACGCAUACUAGCGUUGCUCAAAGAGCGCACAGUCUAUGGAGAUUCUCCUCUCCAUUCCGCGCUAAGACACGGACAAAUGAAUUUGGUUAAAUAUAUUCUAAUGUUACUUGCAAAGUACCCGGAUUUCAAGCAAAUUGUCGACUCUCAAACAAGUUCUGGCCGUACAUGCUUACAUUACGCCGUAGAACAAAACCAACCUGCAGUAACAAAGGCUCUGCUCUUGAUUGGGGCGGAUGCAAGCGCGUGCGAUGAUCACGGUUUUUCACCGCUCCACAAGGCGGUCAAAAUCCCAGAGGCGGGUCACUGCGUGGACGCACUAUUAGAAGGAGGAAGCAUAAGCGUCGAAACACGAGACGAUACUGGCUGGACCGCUCUUCAUCUGGCUGCUGAAGCUGGAUCGCUACACGCUGUCAAGUCUCUUGUCAAAGCUGGCGUUGAUGUUAACAGUACCGAUAUGUCUUACGGGCGUACAGCACUCCACAUCGCCGUCGAAGGUGGCCACAAAGAAAUCGUUGAAUUCCUGUUAGAAAAGACGACAAUCGACGUAAAUAAGCGGAAUUUCAGUGGAAAUACCGCGCUGCACAGUGCUGUCGUCAACACCGGCAAACGAGCUGAGGAGCUCUGCAAGCUUCUGUUGAAUCACGGAGCGAAUCCCUCGAUACCUAAUAAUAAUCGCGAUUCGUCGAAAGAGUUGCAAACAACAACUAUAAAAGAUGAAGCGAUAUCCGAUGACGAAGAUUCCCAGGAAAGUGGUCAAACGUCGUUUGACCUCGCAUCAAACAAACCUGAGAUUUUACAAUUGCUUUCUGCGACUAAUACGAUAAUAAAACAAGAAAUCGAGGACGUACCCGAGGAAAGUGACGGUACUUUGCUGGACGAAAAAGCUAUGACUCUUCUAGUUCCCAUACUCGACGAAUCGAAGGCAUGGGAAAAAAUCGUCACAUCUUUGGGAUAUGAUUUUCUGCAGUCUUCGCUCAAAACUUCAGGCCCCGUCAGUCCAUCGCGGAUGUUAUUAAACUACUUAGACAUACAAGCUGAAGUUUCGAUUGAAAAAUUACGAACGUUAUUGGUUGAAUUAAAUGAAACUAAAGCUGUCGAUAUAAUCGAUGAGAUGAUUUUGCGACGGAAUACAUCAAGUACAAAAUGAAUUUAACAUCAGCAACAUAUAGCUAUUUUAAAAUCAGCUAAUUACUCCAAAAACUUAAUAAGGUAAUAAUAAAAGCAUAUCCCAGAUUACGUUUGCUAUAAUUUCGCGUGAUUAAUGUAAAUAACUGAUUAAUUGAUUACAAAAUACCGGUACUAUUGAGUAUACACUGAGGUUUCGCAUUUGUAAGUACAGAAACAGGAUAUUUUAAUUUAAUAAGAAUGUAAAAUUUAUAUAUGCCAGAGUGAGGACUAUAGAUUGAACUUUGAACAUUUUUCCGAAUCAUAGUUUUUAUAAUUCUGAACCAAUCGAUGUUUCUUUUAGCUGAUAAAUUAUUAUUUUACUACAUAAAAUAGCUGUUUGUGUAUAAUUUUACUGUCAACGUAUAUCAACAAAUAUUAUAACUCUCUUGUUAUUAUUACAUAUCUGAAAAAAGAUGGUCAGAAGAAUUUGCAUUUAACUUCAAAAUAUAUAAGCCUGCCAUUUAAUAUAGCAUGUAAGUAUUUUACCAUUUUGAAUCAUACACCAACGUUCGAAAUUACGUAUACCAUUCUAAUUAUGUAAGAAAUGCAUGAAUCUUAUCUAUGAUUGAUGUACAGAAAACGUUAAACCGCCGUUACUAUCGAGUGAUCUUACAAUUGGCAAGCAGUAUUCCAAUGUAAUCAUAUAAUGAUUUGUAUUUUUCGAGAAAAAAAGUUGGCGGAUAUAUUUACGAUUACUCGACCAAGUUUUGUCCUAGUUUAUUUAAUGAUAAUACCAAUGUUCAAUUUCAUGAACAAUGUAUCAUGGAUAUUCUAAGAAAAUAUCGUACAUCUACGUUACGAUAUUGAAAAUACAGAAUUUUAUUUUA